GAGACAACUUGGCCGCUGUGGUUGCAUUAUGCAAUGCACAUUUCGUUCUGUUGGCCCUGCUCAGGAAGAUGGGCCGGAAAGAGGGGGUUACAAUCGAAUGUUUUGGUCGCAACAAAUAGACAAGCUUGUGCCUCCCCCGCCACCCGAAUGCCUUUUACUUCUCGUCAAGAUUCUUGCUCUUACGUUGCUCAUAUUUCUGUUUGAAGGGGAAACAUUGAGAUUGGACAUUCUGUUCACUGCGCGAACGAGCCCUUGCGAGCAUGGCUUCCAUCGUGAAUAACGAGGUCCAGCUUGUUGCUGAAGACCAUGUCAAUGUGACCGACAGAGAGGCUGAUAUCGAGAGUAUUCAAUCAGAGACAACGAGCAUCAAGGCAUCUAUGCUCGAGUGGCGCCAAGAAAAUGGUCGAACUUAUCAUAAGUACAAGGAUGGCAAGUAUCUCGUCCCCAAUGAUGAGACAGAGCUCGAUAGACUUGACAUGCAGCAUGAGAUCUUCUAUCUCACGUGGGAUGGAAAGCUAGGCGUAACCCCUCCAUGUGAGCCUGGCGCAAAAGUUGGUCGUGUUCUCGAUCUCGGCACGGGUACUGGAUUGUGGGUAAUCGAUUUUGCGGAUCUGCAUCCUGAAGCCGAAGUGCUGGGCAUGGACCUUUCUCCUGUUCAGCCGUCAGACGUUCCGCCCAAUGUGAGAUUCGAGAUUAAUGAUAUCGAGGAGGAGUGGCUUUACUCACGGCCAUUCGACUACAUUCAUAGUAGAAUCAUCACGGGCGGCAUCAGCGACUGGAAGAAGAUGAUAAAGAAGGCCUACGACCACCUCACGCCCGGUGGAUGGUACGAGAUACAGGAGUCAGACAUGUCCCCAGCCGCCGACGAUGGGACAUUGCCCCCCGAGAAGGCAUUGUCUAAAUUCGGCGCCCUGAUCCGCGAAGCUUACGUGGUGAUGGGUGUGCCCCUGGUCCACGUUCCUGAUCUGAAAGACGUCCUCACAGAGGUCGGGUUCGAAGAGGUGGAGCUGACCGUCUUCAAGUGGCCUACGAAUCCUUGGGCCAAGGAUCCCAAGUAUAAGAAGAUCGGGGCGUGGAAUUACCAUAACUUUGGUGGCGCGGUCGAAACCGUCUCCUUGGCGCCCUUGACCCGGGUACAUGGCUGGACGAAGAAGGAGGUGCUGGUGUUCGCAGACGAGGUGCGGAAGGACCUCCGGGAUCCAAAGGUUCACUCUUACUUUCCCAUCUACACGCUUGUGGGUAGGAAGCCCUUAGAGGCAGCGACUAAGCCGACGGCUACCGAGGCCGCUCCGGCUGAGGCCUCAACUUCACCACAGUGAUUUCCAAGGCCUUAUCACGCUGGUUGGUCGCUUGAUCAAGACGGCUUGCCAGAUUACAGCCCAGGCAUGGGCCUUUCUGGAGAGAUGACAUGGCAUGGCUCUGAACUUUGGCGAUGUCUUAGAUGAUACAACGGCAAUUGUGACUGGCCUAUCAGAAAGUGUGAAACCGGCAGCUUUUAUUUUGAGCCUUCGGAUAGUUGCUUAAUAAACUCGGUCGAUUUUUCCCCAGUCAUGCUGGGUGUCCCAUCGCCUAUCGACUCUAAGCUUGUUGAUACUGAGUGGUAGGAAACCGUAUUGACUUGUCGCUGUUAGUUACUGACUUAGGAUGGUCAACAAGAGGAUGAGAUCUACCGCCAUAUUUGAGAGCAAAUGUGUGUUUGUUGUCUGUUUUGAGAACCC